AUGGAGAAACAGAUGGUGAACGCGGGCCCUAAGGCGGACAAGCCCGAUGACUCCAAGGCCAAGCCUGAGCCCAAGCCACAGGUGUCUAUCGCCAAGCUUUUUUCCUAUGCCGAUGGGAGGGACAAGUUGUACAUGUUCGUCGGGAUCAUCGCUGCGGCAAUACAUGCCUGCACCCUGGAUGAACUCGGCGAGCCUGUGGAGGAAGACGAUGAAAAAACGAUCCUGGAGAGCGUGACGAGCUUCUGCAUCCUCUUCGGUGUAAUCGGCUUCGUCGCCGGGGUGGUCGGGUUCGUCCUGGUGACCCUUUGGAGUAUCUCCGGAGAACGCCAGGCGCUACGCAUGCGGAGGGAAUACGUGAAGUGCAUCCUGAAGCAGGACAUCGGAUGGUUCGAUGAGCACCCCGCGGGGCAGCUUCCCACGGCCGUCACCGCUAACAUGGCAAAGGUGCAGGACGGCUUGGGCAGGAAGAUCGGGGACAUCAUCCUCAACGGCCUCAGCGGCAUUGCCCUGCUUGUCACCGGGAUCAUCAUCAACUGGGAGCUCGGGCUGGUGAUGCUGGCGUGCGUUCCUUUCAUCGGUGGGAGCGUCGCUGUCCUGUCCAAGCUCAUGUCCAGCAGCACUCAGGAGGGGAACGAUCACUACUCCAAGGCGGGCGGUGUUGCCACAGAGGUCCUCAGCGGCAUCCGCACGGUGGCCUCGCUCAACUCCGAGGAGAUCGAGCUGAAGCGCUACGGCAAACACCUGGACGGAGCCUACCACGCCGGGGUGAAGGAGGGCAUGGCCAAGGGUCUCGGCAACGGCAUGCUCUUCACCUCCUUCUACAUGAGCUAUGCUCUCGCCUUCUGGUUUGGCACGAAGCAGGUGGCUGACGGGGACGGACGCUCAGGAGGGGACGUUUUGGCUGCUAUCUUCGCCGUCCUCAUGGGCUCGAUGAUGUUCGGCCAGACCGCCCCCGGCAUCGCCGCCCUGGGCGUCGCCCGCGGGGCCGCCGUGGAGGUGUUCGAGGUUCUUGACCGCGUGCCCCCCAUCGACUCGUCCUCGGAGAAGGGGCUCAAGCCCGCGAACGUGGAGGGGCAGGUGGUGUUCGACAGCGUCGGCUUCAGCUACCCGGCCCGGCCGAACGACGUGGUGUACGGCUCCCUCAGCCUGGAGGUAGCAGUCGGCAAGACCCUAGCCCUGGUCGGGCCUUCCGGCGGAGGAAAGUCCACCAUGACCAAGCUGCUGCUGCGAUUCUACGACCCCACCUCGGGUACCGUGACUCUCGACGGCACAGACAUCAAGUCUCUCAACGUCGCCUGGUAUAGGCAGCAGAUCGGCUACGUCGGGCAAGAGCCUGUGCUAUUCGCCGGGACAAUCGCGCUCAACAUCGCCAACGGCAAGCUGGGGUCCACGCAGGAUGAAAUCAUCGCCGCCGCUAGGGCUGCCAACGCGCACGAGUUUAUCAAGAGCUUUCCGGAGGGCUACAACACAGGAGUCGGCGAGGGAGGGUUCCAGCUGUCUGGAGGCCAGAAGCAGCGCAUCGCCAUCGCCCGUGCGAUCAUCAAGGACCCGGCCAUCUUGCUCCUUGACGAGGCCACGUCUGCCCUCGACUCCGAGAGCGAGAAGGUGGUGCAAGCCGCCCUGGACAAGCUCCACAAGGAUAAGCCCCGCACGACGGUGACCAUCGCCCACCGUCUAUCCACCAUCCGAGGCGCCGACAAGAUCGCCGUUAUCGACAAGGGCGUCGUCGAGCUGGGAACUCACUCCGAGCUCCUCGCCCUCAACGGAGUCUACCACAUGCUGUGCACUAGCCAGGGCGGCAAGACUGAGGAGGAGAUCGAAGCGGACAUUCAAGCUCGUUUGGCCAGGCAGAAGAGCUUGUCCGGCGCGAAGGUGACGAGGGAGGCGAGUGGCAGCGACGCCUUGCUGCGUCGCCAGAGUUCCAACGUCAACCCCGGCCAGGAGAUCGACCUCUCGGCUUCGGCUGGCAAGAAGGACGCCAAGGUGGAGGAGGAGAAGCUCCCCAAGCCUCCCAGGGGUCGCAUGUGGUCGCUCAACAAGGGAGACUGGCCGUGGCUCGUGCUGGGCGUUAUCGGCGCCAUCAUCGCGGGUGGUACUACCCCUUCUGAGGGGGUCUUCAUCGCUCACGUGCAGGUGCGGCACGACAUCUCGUGGUUCGACAAGGAAUCCUCCGCAGUUGGCAUCCUCACCUCUCGUCUUGAGUCGGAAGCUUCCAUGGUGCGGAGAUCGACCGGGAGCAACGUUGCCCACUCGACCCAGCUGAUCAUGACCCUGACCAUCGGUACCGUCAUCGGUCUUGUCUUCGCCUGGCAGAUCGGACUGCUCGCCAUGGCCAUGAUCCCCUUGAUCGCCGCCGCGGGAGUUGUGCAGAUGGCGAUGCUUACCGGAGGCUACGGUGACAAUGACGGUCUUGACGGUGGCGGAGGUGCCGCGGGUCUGCUGAGCUCCUCCCUUCAGGGGAUGACCACGGUGACUGCCUUCAACUUGCAGGAGAAGCUCGCACAGGACUACAAGCAGGCGUCCGAGAGUUCCCUCGACGCCCGCAAACGGCGCGGCCUGAUCGCCGGAGCGGCUUUCGGCUACAGCCAGGCCAUCAUCUUCUGGGUGUUCGCGCUUCUCUUCUACGUGGGAGCAGUGCUCGUCGAUGACGGUACGAUCGAGUACAAGAACUUCUUCACGGCCAUGUUCGCGGUUAUCUUCGGAGCCUUCGGGGUUGGACAGAUCAGCUCUGACGCGAAAGAUGCCGGGGAAGGAGAACAGGCGGCGGCAAAGAUCUUCCGCCUCACGGACGAGCCCCUGAACAUCGACCCCUUGUCCGAGGAGGGAGCCAGGCCCGCGACGACCAACGGCGCCGUGGAGUUUAAGAACAUCUUCUUCGCCUACCCUUCCCGCCCUAACAUGCAGAUCUACGGAUCGGACAAGUACCCCCAAGGCUUCUGCUUGGACGUCGCGGCGGGAGAGACGGUGGCGCUCGUGGGGCCCUCCGGAGGGGGAAAGUCCACCUGCAUGGGGCUGCUGCUGAGGUUCUACGAGGCAUCUAAGGGGAGCGUGACGAUCGACGGCCGCGACAUCAAGGAGGUCAACGUCAAGUGGCUCCGCUCGCAGAUCGGCUACGUGGGUCAGGAACCGGUACUGUUCCAGGGAACGAUCCGCGAAAACAUCGCCAAGGGGGACCCCGGCGCAAGCGAUGACAGAAUCCAGGAGGCUGCCAAGGCCGCCAACGCCCACGACUUCAUCAUGGACUUCCAGGAGGGCUACGAUGCUGACGUGGGCGAGAAGAGCGCUCUCUUGUCCGGGGGCCAGAAGCAGCGAAUCGCCAUCGCCCGGGCCAUCCUCAACAACCCUCCGAUCCUUCUCCUCGACGAGGCUACCUCGGCCCUCGACAACGAGAGCGAGAAAGUGGUGCAAGAGGCCCUUGACCAGCUGCAGGCGAAGCAGAAGCGGACGACCCUUACCGUGGCUCACCGCCUGACCACGAUCCGCAACUCCGACAAGAUCGCCGUGCUCAACGGCGGGGGCGUGCAGGAGCUCGGCACACACGACGAGCUGCUGGCCCUCAAGGGCUUGUACUCCACGCUGUGGAACCAGCAGACGAGCAAGCUCACGGGCGAGUAACAGAGCGACGGCUUCGGAAUCAUCUCUCGCCUUCUAACGCCUCUCUUGGGGUGUUGUCAUUAUGCUGAUUUUCCAAUUUUGUAGGCUUUUUUCUUGUUGUUUGCAGAAAACCGUCGCCUCCCACGAUCGCAAAAUUGAAAACGGGUAGGGCGAGGGUUUGGUCAACCGGAUAGAGAAAGCCAAGCCUAUCCUUAUCAGCUUCACGGACUUGCCUAUCAGUGAUCAAUUUCACAUGGGCCCAACCUGCUAAGUUCUUGCUCUCGUGGAUUUUUUUCUGCUCUCUGGGGGGGCUUGACCCUUAUGAUUGUUUUGUUCAAGACUGCAUGCAGUCCCAUGUGCAGAGAGGGCUCGUUUUCGCCGUACACAAUGUUUGGAAGAUGGGAUAGCUGGAAUCGGUUGUUUGUUUUCCUAAGACAGGUGCGAUCGGUACUUUCGUGAAACUCUAGAACAGGCGCCGGUCUCCUGACCCAUCGACACAAGGCGUUGCAAGGUGAUGGGGUGCGUUUUCAGCGCAGUACGAACGGGUGGGUGUGUUUGCUCUCCUGGCCAUAUAUCUAUCCGAAACGGCUGGUUUGCCGGGAGCCAUUGCCGGAAUGGGCGUUUUCGGUGCCACUUACUUUUGUUUCCGUUGCGUUUGGGUGUGUGUGUGUGUUCUUUUGUCUUUUACGCAACUUCGGGCUCCGUUUGGUUUGCUUCCACCAGAAAACUCCGAGCUCAAUCUAGCCAUUCCACGAAGAAUGUCCUCAAGGGGCUUCCUGAAGGGGUAAUUAUGUCUGCAAUGGAGAUGAGCUGCUUCCAGCGUAGCCUAAUGAAAAUCGGGGUUCAACGAGAUUUUCCUCUUUUUUGUUUUUAGGGUGCGAUGGGCGACGGGUGCGAAAGUCAUUUCUUUGUGUCGAUGCACCGAGGACACCGUUCUUAAGGCAGUGCAUAAGCGAGACUGGCAAAUAUUUCCUGCCACGUACGAUGGCUUUUCGGCAUUUGUUGUUGACUGCUUUUAUUUCUUUCCUCUCUGAUUGGAGAAAGGGCGCCAGGCUUGUUUGUAUCUCGCGGAAUUGGCGCCGCGUCGACGGUCGUAUGUGUGUGUCCCUGUAGUUCGUUGGAGUUGCUCGUCACUACACGUGGACUACUAUUACGUGUUUUGCGGCAACACAGGCAGGCAUGGCAAGAUAUAGUUGUACCAUACCAACUUUCACUACGUAGGGUGC